UGCACGAGAUCCGCUUCGACGAGUCCACCUUCUUCCAGACUUACGAGCUGGACCGAACCGGGUCGAGCCUGGGUCACGGCAGCUUCUCGAUCUGCCUGCGAUGCCGGCACCGCGACACCCGGCAGGAGUACGCUGUGAAGUACGGUGACUAAGAUGCCAUUUGACACUUGAUCGGCGCAGUGUCACUUCCGGGAAGAAGAGGAGCCGGCCUGCGAGCAGCGGAGCAAAGCAACGCGCAACGUUCCGGUGACGUCGAAGAUGACGGCGGUGGCGAUGCCUCCCGCGAUGGCCCACAACAACAGCGGUGGAAUGAUACAAGUGAUGAACGAGAAUAAUUUAAGUAAGAUAGAGAGAUGCGUAUCCCUUCUCAACGACACGGCUUACAGAGAAGCCAUUGAAAAUUCCUCCAUAUACAAUAGCAGAUUAUGCCGGGAACGACGUCUUCGCAUGCCCUUCCUAGAUUCGCAAACGGGUGUGGCACAGAAUCAUUCUGCACUUUUUAUGUCUUCGAGAGAAAGAUUACCAGGAUUGUUAAAUGGUCAAAUUUACACUUAUCCAAGCAAAAGAUGGCGAAAGAAACGACGGCAAUACUUGAUGCACUAUCUACAUCCAAAACGAGGAUUAAGAGGUGAUACAGAGGAUGGAACAGAAGGCAUCGAAGCUGUUACGCACAUAAAUGACGAUAGCAAAGAUUCAGUAGUACUUAAAGGAUCAGUUGCUGUUCUGUGACGACUGUGAUCGUGGAUACCACAUGUAUUGUCUGGCUCCUCUUG